AUGUCACUAAUAAAUAAGCAAUGGUCGAGUAUAUCGACAGAACUAGUCCAGGACCCGCAAAAUUUUGAACUCUGGCAGAGCUUGAUCGAAGCAGCUGAAUGGAAUGAAAAACGAGGCAUUAACAAAUCAACUAGCGAGGAAGAAUUGAACGUCUUAAGAACAUCUUAUAAUUCAUUUUUAGAGAAAUUUCCAUUCCAAUUCAAAUAUUGGAUUCGAUAUGCUGAGUGGGAAUUUAAAUUGGGAAACACAUCUACUGCAGAACAGAUUUACUUACGAGGGUUGAAUACCCAAUUAAGCCAUUGUAUUGAGUUAUGGAUUUCCUAUUUGAACUUCAAAAUCAACACCAUAAACGAUAACAUUUCAGAAAUUUUACAGAAAUUUGAAGCUGCACGAGAUUUGAUUGGGUUCCAUUUCUUUGGGUUUGAAUUUUAUGAAUUGUAUUUAUCGUUUUUGGACAAUUAUAAAAAUGAUAACAAUGAAUUUGAGAAGAAAUACUACAUUCUAUUAAGAAUCAUACUUGAAAUACCUAUUUACCACUAUGGAAUUUUCUACAAGAAAUGGUUUGAUCUAAUAGAUAAUUUGUCGAAAGACGAAAAACUAGCUAAACAAAUUGCACCAUAUAUUGCCCCCGCCAACGAAAUUGCUACCCUUGCAUCGAAAAAGAACACCUCGAUCUUCAACGAAUUGAAAAAACGAUUCACCGAUGCUUACAUAGCAACACAAUAUCAUAGUUUCGAGUUAUACGAAUUUGAAAAAAAAUUGAUACCCAAGAACAAUAAGAAUCCACAACAAGAUAAUGAUUUGAGAUCACGACAGGAACUUGAUGCCUGGAUGAGCUAUAUUGAUUAUCUUGAGAUAAAACAAUACCCGAUUAAAUUUAUCGAAUUGGUAUAUUACAGGUUUUUAUAUAAUGCCAGAAACUAUCCACAAACCUGGAGUAAAUUUGCUGAUUACUAUAUAUAUCAUGCAAAAUUUAACAAGGCAAGAAAAAUUUUGACCGAUGGAGUAAAAUAUGUUGAUGAUUAUAAGUUAUUGAUAAAAUUGGUUGAUCUAGAAAUCUUUUUGAAAAACUAUCAACGAGCUAUAAACUUAUUGAUAAGUUACAUUCAAUACAAUUCUAAUGUUCCAAUUCCAAUACGUGAUAAAGUUCAUCAAGUUAAACAAUUAAUAGAUCAAAAAUGA